AUGAAAAAGUGUCUUUUUUUUCGGCAUGCAGCGAGAACAGCGACAAACUCACAUGUUAGCAGAGGUCUAGAUCCUAAUAAAAUUCGAUCGUUGCUUGCCAACUCAAACGAUCAUCUAGAGAAAGUGCAUUCUCCAGUACGCCAGAAAUCAAAAGUCAAUACGCCUUCGCCGCCUGUAGACGGCCCACUUCUAAACAGGCAUUUUGCACACAAAAGUGAUCUUUCAGUCCCGGUGUUAACAAGCGUGGAUCGAGGUAAUGUAUCCAGAAUCAUAAACGACUCAGAAAUUAGUCUUGAUUGGAGCAUAUAUGACCUAAAUAAAUUGCCAGGCGAAGAUAAAAGAGCAGCUGUCGAAAUGCGAAUCGAAGAACCGGUAAUACGUCACGAAAAUAAGGGCGAGCUUUUGCCAGAGGUUAUACUUUUGGGAAGAUGUAACGUCGGAAAAUCAUCUUUGGUGAAUGCUCUUAUGAGCAACAAUAAGCAAUCUGCAACUUCAUACGCCAGGGUCAAACAAAGCGCUGGUUACACGCCAUGCUUGAAUUUUUACAACGUGGGAGGCUUGUUCAGACUUGUAGAUAGUCCAGGGUAUGGUGUGAAGGGAAAAGCAUGGCAAGGAGAGCUCACAAUGCAAUAUCUUGCUGAAAGGAGAGAAUUAAGAAACUGUUUCUUGAUUCUAAAUGGUGAUGUUGGGCUGAAUUAUUAUGACGAGAUGAUACUUGAAGCAUUGGUUGAAAUGGGAGUCCAAUUUGACAUUAUAUUCAACAAAAUUGAUAAAGUCAAAAGUGACUUUAGAAUUCAACACUUCGAAGAAUUGAUUUCCGGAAGUAUACUCAAUGACCUUAAAAUCAGACCACGCAUGUACUUUGUGAACUCGAUUGAAAGUGAUCUAAAACAACGCACAGGAAUGAACGAAAUCAGGUAUGGAAUAUUGGAAUCGUGUGGCUAUAGCGAUCUCCAGAACCUGAAGCCGCGCAGAAAGAAAAAGAAUAUCAACGAGACUAUAGAGAAAAUAAAGCAGAAAAACGCAAGAAAGAGUUUGAAAGGACAUCCAAAAGUUAAUUUGCAACGUGACAUUCGUUAA